AUGCAACAAUUUAAAGACACUGACAAUAAUAGCGAGAAUCUCAACGAGGAGGAUAAGUAAUGUAAUAAAUAAUAUAAAACAAGCAGCUCCAUCAAUCAGCAUGUGCCAUAAUUUCCUCCUAAAAAAGCCCCAUCAUUUUCUAUGGAAGCUCCACAAAUUUUACCUUUGUUAUUAUAAUUUAGGUGUGCUCAAGGAAAUAAUAAAAGGGAAUUGGAAUGCUAACUUAUAAAAAGAUUAGUCAACGUAAAAAAGAAUUAAGAACCUGUUUGCUACAGAUUGAAUGAAACUUGGGCUUUGAAGUAUACCAAUUACCUUUACGAAAACUCUAAUACCUUACCAGGUCCAAUUGAUAACACGCCCUUAUUAUAAAUCAAAGAGCCAAUUCGUAAUAGAGAUUAUUUUGUAUUGACUGAUACAGUGUGGAGGUUUUUGCUUGAGGAGUACGGUGGGGGUCCUGAAAUCUUGGAGGAUAAGGUGCCUCCUUCUCCAGUAUCGGCAAUUUCAUCAACGACGGAGAGAGCCAAAUCAGCUGACAUUAGCAUGAUGUCGAGUGCAUCGCAAUAGGAGCUUCCAUCUGAAAUACCAAUCAAAGGGCUGAAGAAUGAGUUAUUCUUCUGUUAUAUGCACUCUAUCCUUUAGUGUUUAAUGUGCAUUCAAGAAUUGAAUCAUUUUAUAUUAAACAGUAUUAAUAGACAUAAUGGAUAGAAAAUGUUAUAUUGUCAAUGCUAUAAGGAGAUGUUACUAUAAAUACGAGAUGCUCAGAGUGAUUAUAUCAAAAUAAACAAUCUGAGAACGAUGAUAAGCAAGAAGUUCAAUCCAAAGUUUUAGCAUGAUGCGUAGGAGUUUCUCUUAUACUUGAUAAUGAUGAUAGAGGAUGAAAUCAUAGAAGUAAACAAGGAAUACGAAAAGAAAUAGUAACCAAAAUUGGAGAAUGUCGUAAGGAAGUAUCUAAAAGGGUAGAUAGUAAGUGAGUUAAUUUGUAAGAAAUGUAAGCAUAAAUCUGUAAUCACAGAAGAGUUUCUGACUUUAUCAUUAGCUUUAACAAAAGUAUCUACUGUAAAUCAAUCUUUAGAAGAGUUUUUGAAAGAUGAAUUAAUCUAGGAUUAUAAAUGUGAUAAUUGUCAUAAGAAAAAUAUAGCAAUCAAGAAAACAAGAAUAACCAAUUUACCCAGAUAUUUAAUAUUGCACUUGAAGAGAUUUAAGUUUUUUCCUAAAUAGACUAAAAUAACUCAGCAGAUCAAAUUCUCAAUUGAAUCCAAUUUCUGUAAUACCGAAUACAAAUUGAUUGGAGUAAUUGUUCACUCUGGUUCUUUAGAAUAAGGACAUUAUUAUUCAUUUGGUAAGAAGAUAACAAAAAUGGUGGUUGUUUAAUGA